AUGCAUCCGCACUUACAUACAAAGGAUAACAUUGCCUGCGAGGAGGUUAUGACCGCCCUUGAAGAAUGUCACGCUAGAGGGUUCCUCUGGAAGUCAAUGGGCAUGUGCAACGAUGCCAAACAUCAAGUUACCCUAUGCCUCCGAGCCGAACGAGUAAAACGUACCGCAAAGAACCGAGAAGUUGCUAAAGCCAAACGCGACAAGAUUAAGUCGGCAUGGGCUGAUAUAGACGAGAACUCGUAA